CUUUACCAGAAUUGGCGCUGCACAUCAGGAAAAGAAAAAUCUUUUUUUUUUCACACACUUGUAACAAUAGUACACUCACGAAAGAUAUCUUGAAGAUGCAUCCUUUGGAAAAGCAUCAUCCAGAGUACCUCAAUCACAUCAUGAUGCGGUUCGGACACCAUCUGUCUGUCCACCAACGACAAACGGUCAGCUCUCAGUAUAGUGGCGUCAUGUCUAGCUCGCCCCAAGGUUCAAGGAUACAGAAAAAGCUCUGUUCCGUCACAGCGCAGCAUCAUCAUCAUCGAAUACUACCCGGCAGCAUCCUAUGCAAUAAAGCAGUUGUCCACAUAUCUAAACCAUCAUCAUCAUCAGCAGCAGCACCUGAACAAAGCACAGCAGAAGAAGAAGAACUAGAGAAAGUAGAUGGAGGCUCAAAUAAGCGGGAUAUUGUGAUGGCAGACAGCACGCCCGCUACGGAAACAACUGCGGCUUCUAUCUCCACAACGGCAACAACAAGAAAGGACGCUUCCACAGUAGCUGCCAGCGCAACCUCAAAGAAAAAACAUGCAUAGUAACUAGAUACCCAAUACUUUCUCCCCUCUCCUUCCUACACUCAACAUUGUAUUAUUGUUAUUGCUACAGCCAUUAAUUUGCAUUUUACUGAACUCUACAAACAUAAUAAGAUGUGUACUAUAUUACCCAUUACUUGUGCAUUUUAUUCAGC